AUGCUGCUGCUGAGGAUGUCUGAGGAGCUUUCCCCCAACCUGACAACCGCCGUGGCCGGUGCCAGUGUCCAACGCUGGCUCUGCCCACCCGCAUCUCUCCACUGGCCCGGCCCCAGUCCAUCCCCUCAGUCUCCUCUUUGUGGCUCGUCGUUCAGCCGCUCGGGUAAACUCCAAGCCCGCCGCCACAUCAUGUUGUCGUUCUCUUUCUUCCUUCCCGCUUGCUCUCAGUCGUCUGCUGUUGAGACCCCCAGUUCCCAGGUGCGCUGA